GUUUUUUUUACAUGAUUGUCUUGCAGUCAAGCUAGCAGUCCACGUGAACAUACUGAUCAAGGUUGAUCCAGCAGCAUGAAGAAUUGGUCAAAUGUAGAAGAAAACUUGGCCUAUUUGGGAAAAUCUACAGUCUUCGGAUGAAAGAGAGCGAGCGAGAGAGGGACUUCGCAGAUCUACAUCAUCUGCGUGGAAGCAUGUGUCUGUGGAUGAGAGGAGAGAGAGGCAGGGACUUCCCUAAGCCUCCAUCAUCUGCAGGAAAAAAAAAAAAAAGCCCACUCAAUAUUCCGCCGCCUCCCACAUCACCAGAGCGAGCCGAGCACUAGCAAGGAAGGAAUCGCACCCUCAACCUCGAGACAAAAGGGAAAUCUAACCUCUAACCCGCCCCAACAAUGGAGGAGAACAUGGAUGACUCUCAAAGCCAGAAAGGCUGUAAGGAGUGCUGCGAGCGUUGCGUGGGCAGUCUUCCCUGGGCCUCCCUCAUUGCCACCAUCUUACUGUACAUGGGAGUGGCUCUGUUCUGUGGCUGUGGACACGAGGCUCUCAGUGGGACAGUGACCAUUCUGCAGAACUACUUUGAGGUGAUUCGAGCUCCGGGAGAUGUUAUCGAUGUCUUUACUAUCAUUGACAUCCUGAAGUACAUCAUCUAUGGGCUGGCAGCUGGCUUCUUUGUGUUCGGGGUCCUUCUGCUCGUGGAGGGCUUCUUCACCACUGGGGCCAUCAGGGAUCUGUAUGGAGAGUUCAAGAUCACUGCCUGCGGACGCUGCCUCACCGCAUUCCUGAUGUUCCUGGCCUACCUCUUCUUCCUGGUGUGGUUGGGAGUGACCGCGUUCACAUCUUUGCCGGUCUUCAUGUACUUCAACGUCUGGUCCAUGUGUCAGAACACCAGUGUCGUGGAGGGGGCCAACCUCUGCCUCGACCUGCGCCAGUUCGGAGCUGUGACUAUCUCUGAGGACAGGAAAGUGUGCACAGGAUCUGACAAGUUCUUCAAGAUGUGCGAAUCCAACGAGCUGGACCUGACCUUCCACCUGUUUGUGUGCGCACUGGCAGGAGCUGGGGCUGCUGUUAUUGCUAUGGUGCACUUCCUGAUGGCUCUGGCUGCUAACUGGGGCUACCUGAAGGAUGCCAGCCGGAUGCAGAAGUACGAAGACAUCAAGUCCAAGGAGGAGCAAGAGCUGCACGACAUCCACUCCACGCGCUCCAAAGAACGACUCAACGCUUACACAUAGAGAGGAGAGCCAGCAGAGGGCGGCACGCACCAUUCAAACAGAGCAUAGGCACAUACACACAAGCACCCACCUGACAAACAGCGCAAAUAUACCACUAAAUAUACUAUGAAAACACCAACGAGUUAAGUUUUAAAAAUAUACUAUAAGGAAGCAGG